GUCGCCUUAACUGGUGGUCUACUGUGUGCACAAGCUGUAAAAGGCUUCUUCCUUUGGCCACGACAGGGGAUGGGAACUGCCUCUUACAUGCCGCCUCACUGGGAAUGUGGGGCUUUCACGACCGGGACCUGGUUCUGCGGAAAGCUCUCUACACCAUGAUGAGGACGGGUGCUGAGCGGGAAGCCCUGAAGCGGAGGUGGAGGUGGCAGCAGACACAGCAAAACAAGGAGUCAGGGCUGGUGUACACUGAGGAGGAAUGGGAGCGAGAGUGGACAGAGCUGCUAAAACUGGCCUCCAGCGAGCCUCGUACACACCUCAGCAAGAAUGGCAGCGGCACAGGUGGUGGUGUGGACAACUCUGAAGAUCCUGUAUAUGAAAGCCUGGAAGAGUUCCAUGUCUUUGUCCUAGCCCACAUAUUGCGGAGACCCAUUGUGGUGGUGGCAGACACCAUGCUGAGAGACUCGGGUGGCGAAGCGUUUGCACCCAUCCCAUUUGGAGGGAUCUACCUGCCCCUGGAGGUGCCCCCCAACAGGUGUCACUGUUCGCCCCUGGUUCUGGCCUAUGAUCAAGCGCAUUUCUCAGCCCUUGUGUCCAUGGAACAGAGAGACCAGCAGAGAGAACAAGCUGUCAUCCCCCUGACAGAUUCUGAGCACAAGCUGCUGCCCCUGCACUUUGCGGUGGACCCGGGAAAGGACUGGGAGUGGGGAAAAGACGACAACGACAAUGCCCGGCUAGCCCACCUCAUCCUAUCCCUAGAAGCCAAGCUGAACCUUCUACACAGCUACAUGAAUGUGACAUGGAUCCGCAUCCCCUCAGAGACCCGGGCACCCCUUGCCCAGCCAGAGUCUCCAACGGCCUCGGCAGGGGAGGAUGUACAGUCCCUGACGGAAUCGCUGGACUCGGAUCGCGAUUCUGUGUGCAGCAAUUCCAACAGCAAUAACGGCAAGAACGGUAAGGACAAGGAGAAGGAGAAGCAGCGCAAGGACAAGGACAAGACACGUGCGGACUCCGUGGCCAACAAGCUGGGCAGCUUCAGCAAGACGCUGGGCAUCAAGCUGAAGAAAAACAUGGGCGGGCUGGGCGGCCUGGUGCACGGUAAGAUGGGCCUGGCCAACUCUGCCAAUGGCAAGAACGGCGACAGCGCCGAGCGCAGCAAGGAGAAGAAGUCCAAGUCGCGCAAGGGCAGUAAGGAGGAAUCGGGAGCGUCAGCUAGCACCUCGCCGUCGGAGAAGACCACGCCG